GCGAAUCGUCGUAUAUCCGUGUUGUAAUCGUGGUUAAUGAUCAGUACACAAAAAUAGCUACAGGGUAGUGUUUUAUAACAAAACAAAAAAAAUCUACUGUGAUCAAAAUAGUUUUGUCAUUUUGAAAGAAUUGUAAUAAUACAGGAAUAACUGUGAUAAUGGCAUCUGAAAAAGAUGAUAUCAAGUUUGUCAGUAAACUGAAUGAAGAAAGUCAGAAGAAAGCGAAAAAAGAACUGAACGAGUUGAAUGACACAGACCGAAUUCUUGCCGUGCAAUCAUUCAGACAGUGGGUGUUACAACAAAAAUGGCUGAAAACACCAACAGAAUUUGAAUUUCUGUUGAGAUUUCUAAGAGCGAGAAAGUUCAGCCAACUUGAGGCGAGGAAAACAUUGGAGAAUUACUGGACGUGUAAGACAAAGACACCAGAAUGGUACAGAAAUGUUGACCCCAGUGAACCGGCUAUACAGGAAAUUAUCAAAACUGGAUUUUAUGUUGUACCAAAGGAGUUAGACAAACAUGGUAGGCGUGUCAUCAUAGAGAAACUUGCUCGACUUGAUUUAAAUGAUGUUAAGAAGAAAUGGGGCGUAGACAAUGUUUUCAGAGCUAUUACAUUGAUAUGCGACUGGGCAAACAGAGACGAAAAUAUACAAGUCAACGGUAUUGUGGUAUUUAUAGACAACACUGACGUCACGAUGGGUCACAUGAUGACGUUAUGGAACCAAGAAAAUGGAAAAAGAAUUAUGCAGUUUUAUCAGAAUUCGCUACCAGCUAGAAUGAAGGGUCUACAUUUGUACAAUGAACCAUCGUUUUUCGAUGCCAUGUAUGCAUUGUUCUCUCCUCUUAUGAAACAAAAAACUAAAGAUAGGAUGUUCUUACAUGGACGAAGAUUAACAAAGGUGUAUGAGGAGAUAGGUAUGUCCGUGUUACCAGACGAGUAUCUCCCUGAUGAUUAUGAAGGUCCUAAUGUCGGCUCAUGUGAGAAAAUAGUCGAAGAAAUGUUGGCAGACAUGCAGAGCAAUGAUUUCCGUGAAUAUAUAAAACAUCUCUCCAGUGACGAGUAUGGAGUGGACUUAAAGGCACGUAAAAAUGAUGACACACCAGUUGCUUCGUUCAGAAAACUAAACGUAGACUGAUAGAAUUGUAGACUGACAAAAACUUACGCGUGACAUUCGUGCAAUUUAUGCAAGAGAUUUCUCUCCUUAGCAAAUGUUCAUACGUUAUAACCUUGGAAAAUAUUCAAUAGAAGUUACAACCCAGUGUUGUCAAGUUUUAUUUAUAACUUGGUGAAAUUGUAAUCAAUCCAUUCAGGUGAAAACAUAUGCUUACGUUUUAAUUGAUUGUAUGAACGUAUGCAUAUCUUAAAAAACUUUACAUGUUUUUGAUUUACUGAUUGUAUAUGUGAAUUGUAAGGAGAUGUAAAAGCUGAUAUGAUAAAUACAAAAUAUGUAAUUGAUCGCUGUUACAAAAGGCUUAAUGUGUAAUGGAUGGCUACUUUUGUAACGGAGGGUUAUAUAUGUGUAACGGAAACUAGAUUUGUAAUGGAGGACUUAAUGUGUAACAAAGGACUUAAUUUUAAACGAAUCAUGAAUGUGAAAUAUAAAUGUUAUUAACAGUUUCAUGUUUGAUUUAAUUUUAUUAAAAUAUCAAUGCAAAUGGAUUAAAUUAAUGCAAGUGCAA